AUGUUCAGUUGGGAAUGUGCGACUGAACUGCUCAAGCGAGGGGCGGCGAUGCAAACGUACGAUAACCAGCAGAACCAGGACCUUGGAAUGGCCCUUCACAACGGGGAUCUUGACUCGGCGAUUGAUAUAGACCGCACAGGUCUCUGUCAGGUUCAGGUGAAGAAUUCCGUGAAGUCUGAAAGGGUAGCACCGAAUCCAGAGGCGGCUGGAAAGUGUCCCAACACUUGUCCAAUCCUGUCAAUAGUCAUGCAGCUUGGGGUGGACGAGGAGUACCACGGCCCACUAGUCGAGAUUGAUACGACGACAAUACAAACCGACACUCCUGCUGGCAAUACACGCUCUAGCACAAGCUCCGACCCAACAGACAUAAAACGAUGUCAUUAUUCUAGUGUCCUCUAUGGCUGUGUGGCGGCCACGUACUCCUGCGUUGGUGGUCACGCGGCAAUAUAUGCGACUCUCCUUCGAACACCAGCACUGUUCCACAACUACUCUAGAGAUAAGUACCCAGACUUUCUCACUGCAGCUCAUGAAUUGUCUCCCAACAUGAACAAAGACGGCAUAUUUUGGACAAAUUGA